AUGGAAACACCAGAACCAAACACUCAACCUAUUACCACUACUUCUUCUUUAUCACUUCCUAAACUCUAUAAAAAGACUAAUUCCCAUAAAAUAGAAAACCUUAUUGAGUACUCUCAUGUUCCUGAAGAUGCUCAAAUUUCUGAAAGAAUACCUCCUCUGUUGAGUCCGUACAACAUCUUCAAAAGACAAAGAAGUGUUACCAGAUCCAUCCGAAAUCUUAUCUCUACCAAUCGUCCUCAUAUGAAAGAGUACGUCCAGUCAUCUAGACUAGACCAAUGCAGUCUAAGAGCUAAAAACCAAGAGCAGUAUGUAGAUUUGGAGAUUCCCCAAUAUCUCAUAAACCACUGGAAAACUGAAGGAUAUACAGCCUUACACUUCGGGGCUGUCAGACUCAUCCUUUCUCUUCAUGGAAGGAAGAACCAACCUGUCUUUUGCAAAAUAGCUCUUCUGGACUCCAGCUACCUCCAUUAUAAAAAUGCUAAUAGUUCUAACUACACUUCAUGCAGGAAGUGUCGUCCUCACCAUCUUCCCUAA